AUGGAGGUCACUGCUCGUGGUGCUGCUGUGCUGCUCCUCCUGCUUAUAUGUCAGGCCCUGAUUACCGUCCACUCCCAGGAGGAGGAGGAGGUUGUCCAGGAGGAGGAGCUGCAGGAGGAGGAGCUGCAGGAGGAGGACCAGGAGGUGAUCGAGACAUGGACGCGGAACAUCAAAGCCUGCACCUGUGACUGUGAAUCUGCUGAUUCACCGACAGGCACCCCUGCUGUCAUCCCACCUGUCCCGCCCACCUCGCUGCCCUCGCCGCCUCAGGGUCAACCAAUGAACUGCAUGCCAGAAUGCCCCUACCACAGAGCCCUGGGCUUUGAAUCUGGAUCUUUGACAUCAGACCAGAUCAGCUGCUCCAAUCAGGACCAGUACAGCGGCUGGUACUCCUCGUGGAUCCCCAACAAGGCUCGCCUCAACAACCAAGGCUUUGGGUGUGCCUGGCUGUCCAAGUUCAACGACCAGUACCAGUGGAUCCAGAUUGAUCUGAAGGAGGUGGGAGUGGUGUCUGGUAUCCUCACCCAGGGCCGCUGUGAUGCUGAUGAAUGGAUUACUAAAUACAGCAUCCAGUAUCGUACUGUGGAGACUCUGAACUGGAUCUACUACAAAGACCAGACAGGAAACAACAGGGUUUUCUAUGGGAACUCUGACCGCUCUUCCACGGUGCAGAACCUGCUGCGUCCUCCUAUCGUGGCUCGUUACAUCCGCCUGCUGCCUCUGGGCUGGCACACCCGCAUCGCCAUGAGGAUGGAGCUUUUGAUGUGCAUGAACAAGUGCACCUGAAGUGUACUCAGCCUGCUCCUUCCUCACUGUCCAUCCUUCCCCUGCCAACCUGCCGCUUGCCAAAAGGGGGACACUGGUCCAGCUUUUUAAUAUGACCUUCAUGUCUAUAACAUGUCUGUCUUUCUUCGGUGAGGCUCAAAGCAAACUCAGUCUGGGCAGGUGGACAUGUUUGGUGUCCUUUGAUGCACUAUUUUAUCUGUCUUAAAGUAUCUAUAAUGUCAUUGUUAUAAUAGAUAAACACUAGAUUGGACACAUUUUCUGUGCACACAGGGGAUUCCAGAUGAAAAGAGAUUUUUUGGAUGCCUAUGUGCUUCAAUAAAACUGCGGCAGUAAAAUACAAAGAUCUGAUCACUUAGUAAUAAACAAUCGAACACUACUGAAAAAAAGAUUUUACAGGUUAAGAGUCAAAUCAAAUGAGCUUGUUUUAUUUGAGAUUUACUGUUACAUAUGUAAACAUGAAUAUUCUAAAAUUGUUAAGCAUUCAUUUGUGGGUUUAUGUUCUCAUGUAAAUGCUCUGUUGGAAAAAAAAGCAGAUAAACACUGACUAUGCUACUAAUUUGUGUCUGUAAUAAAAGCACAAACUUAAUACUUGAUUUCAUUUUAACAGUUGAUAAACAUCUUCUGUUAUAAAUAUUACCAAACAAGUAGUCACACAUCAGUAUUAAUAUAAUACACGGUGCUCCUUCAGCAAAACAAUAAUCCAUAGAGAGAAAUGUGUAGUGUGCACAGUCCUUACAGAUGCACAACACACAAUACAAUACGGUGGUUUGGACUCAGUGUGUUACUGUGUCUCAGUCCUCACACACUGUGCACAUGAUGAACAUGAAGUGAGGAAGAAUUUACAGCAUCAGAGCAAUAUAUUGCUGAGUCACACAGUCUCUUCAAAGUGCAACAAUAAGAAGUUUAAGAUUUAUUUCUGCCGAGCUACGUUCAUGGCACUUUAUCUCAGACAGAGAACAAGUUUUACAGCACAGGGCCUCCGUCCUCACUGUGGUUCAUUUACAUUUAAAAGCUUGUCCCAAGUGUCUCAGUGUGUCGUCAGUUAAAGAUACACUAGUACAGUGAUUCCAAACCAGGGUGCAUGAAGUCCAGGGGUACCUCUGCAGUUACAAGGGGGUACAUGGAAAGACUCUAUUAAAAAAAACAUAUGUGCACAUAGUCAGCAGCAAUACCUGAACAGGAGCUUUGUGUUUCAAGUAAGAGUGUGUGAAAAGUUAGCUAGUGAGAAGAGAAAGAGUUAGCUAACAGUACUGGAUAGCCAGCUGAAACAGACUGCUGAUGAAUAAAUGAAUGAAAAAUGGCUUAAAGAAAUGGAUAGAAAGUUCAAAUAUUUAGAUAAAACAUUGGGGGAAUUGUAGAAAUAUCUAAAAUAAACUGAAAAUAAAAGAUAAAUGGAUAAAAGGGUUAAGGAUGGUUGAAACAUCCAGCUUCUGUCAGUCCGUCAGUGGAAACAGUACAUAUGCAAACACAACAUUGACAGUUCACUUGUAUGAAGAAUUACUGUAAAAAUGUCCACUUCUAUAUAAUCAGUAGUGUUAAAUAACAUCCAGCUGAAAUGAACACAUGGAGCCACAUCAGACAAAAACAGUUGGGAACCACUGCACUAGUACGAAUGGCUUUUGUAUUCCUCUAACUGCUGUAAAAAUGAUAAUGUAACAGUAAUUAGAAAAAAAAAACUUACAAGUAAUUUUUCUAUAAACCAAAAAUGUUCAGCAGUUAAACAUUAUAGAAUAUUUUGCAUGUUUUUUCACAUGUUUUAACUGAUUAUACAAUUGAAAGCACUUGGAAGCAGCUUUUGUGAAAUCUUUAGUAUCAAACAGACUUCCUUGAAUCCUGGAGGUGGGAGACGUUAUCAGAGAAAAUCACAUCUUUCAUUACUAACUUCAUUAACUUUGUCAUUAAUUGGAUCCUGUAGAACAUCAAGGUGUACUGUACUACUGUAUGAUUCAUCCAUAAGGUGCUUCAUGACACAGACAUAAAUACAGGUUUCAGUAAAUACUUUUAGAUUACAUUACUACAGAAGGAUCUUCGGUGUGGUCUGCAUAAGGAACAGUUAUGUUUGUUCUGUUUGAAGUGAUUGAGGUGUAGCCAUAGUUUUAAUUUGUAUAAUAUUUGUUUAUAAUGUACAGCGGGGUCCAAAAGUCUCAGACCACUUUCCCAUCCUGGUCUCAGACUGUUGGACUGAAAAGUCAGUGCCUAAAUGUUAGUGCAAGGUAACCUCUGUCAAAAACCACUAAAUGCAGUGCUUCAUUAUGUCCUACAGAGGGCGAUGUCGGUUAUGAUUUCUCUCACUUUAUGGCACCAUAUUGUCUAAGAUGGCUGCGUUUCAAAAAGACAUAAAAACCUAAAUAUCCUCAAAAAGAACAAAUAGAUUGAAGCUUUUAAGAUUGUCAGUGCCAACUCAGAAAAAUUGCACUACGACUUUAUUUUUAAGAACAAAAACUGCUUUAACUUGUAGCUGCACAUUUGAGCAUCUAUAACAAGAAUGACGGAGCACAUCCAAAGGCAAAACAGCUCAGAGGAUGAGUUAGAUUUCUGGGUGAGAUGAACACAAGUUACUGACGUUACUGACCUCUAUUGUAUGAACUGAUAAAACUUCAUUUGUUUAGAAUGCCUUAAAUAGUCUUAAGGAAAUACUACGCAGUAAAAUGUACUAGAUUUCUAUAUUGAAUAGAAACAAAAAUACUUACACUUAAAAUCUACACUUUAUCUAUCCAUUUAUAUAUACUUAA